AUGGAGCUGCGCUGCUUGACGGACGAUGCGGCACUUGUACGCGCGGUGCAGAAGCUUAAUCUGGGCGUCCUACCUGUGCAGCCUCCUACGUUCUGCUACCGUCGUGCAGAGAAGGAUAAGCACCGUCUCUCGUGGGCUGCAGUGGACGGGGAAAUUGUGACCGGAGCUGUAAUUGCCGACCUGGAAUUAGAACGAGAUGGACAACGAACGGUGCACCUUCGGACGCUAGCUGUGUCCUCGCAAUACCGACGCCAAGGGAUCGGAAAGAAAAUAGUGUUCAAAGUGGUCGAGCAGGUAAAAAAAGCGGAGAAGGAGGGCGACAAGAUCGACGGAUUUCGCCUUCAUGUUCAUGCCGGAAAUGACGAAGCGAUGGCGUUCUACAAGGCACUGGGGUUCGUUGAAAAAGCCCGUGUCGAAGACUACUAUCGCCACUUAGAGCCACGUACAGCACUCGUGAUGCAGUAUCCACUGCUAUGA